GAAAAAGUUUAACUUUACAUAACUUUAAACAAAAAGUAAUCUUGGCAAACAGAAUUCGCAUAUCAAAACGAAAAGUCGCAUAUAUGCAGACAUAAUUCGAUAAGCACUAUAAAUCUUAACCGCGAAAGAAAAUCCACAAUUCAAUAUCACCAAAGGUCCUAAGUGCUCCGAUUGAAAUAUGACAAUUGGCGGGCGGUCGCCGCUGUAAGUACGAACAGUCGGCCGUCCGGCGGCCACAAAUCUUCCGUUUCACUCGUUGCCCAGCCUCCGAGCGGUGAGAAGAGGAAACAGCACGCUCCAAAGCACGCGACUGCGUGAUGCCGGCUACUCCCGAAAUAGACCCCCCGCGCGGGGUGCCGGCCCAUCGACGUGCUUUUAGUAUGCUGCGCGCAUGCGAACCGCCCGCACCCUUCUGCGCUCCUGGUACUAACAACGCUAAACUCGCGAAUUAAAUAAAUAACAAAUCACUAAAUAAAAAAUAUUAAACUGUGUUCAAAAUAGCAUGCUUUAAAACAAAAUGGUCGCUAUCCUGGCCAACCCCAAGUGGAGCGAGGAUCUCACCAUCCAGAUGAUUAUCGAAUACGAGAAGCGCGAAUACCUUUGGAACCCUGUCUCGGAACACUACAAGAAUAAGAAAAUAAGGGAGCAAGGAUACAUAGAGAUAAUAAAUGCACUGAAUUUGGUCGAUGUCACAGUUAAAGAAUUGAAAAAUAAAAUAAAAAACAUACGAUCGUCGUACAGCGUCGAGUUGAAGAAGAUUCGCGCGGCGAGGAAGGCUGGCGCGCAUGCGUACAGGCCGAGCGUCACGUGGUUCGAACAUGCAGACAGGUUUCUGCGGGCGAUCGUCACACCGAGCUCUGUGGACAACAGUUUGGUGGAGAUCCCGGCGAGCGACGACAGCGACGUGGUGCAGGACCUCAGCGAGCGGAAAUCUCCGGAAAAGAAAAGUCCGCGAAAGCGUCGCAGUUCGACGCGCUCGUCGACACCGUACGUGUUGAACACGCCGUCCCCUCGGCCCGGCACUCCGUUCGGCUUAAGUCAGGGGACGUUUGGCAUCCUCCCGCCGGUUACGUCCGCGCCUUUUCUCAAUCCCCCCGUCGGGAUCGCCACGCCGCUGACUACCUCGCUCGCAACUAUCUACCCGGUGCCUACAAAACAAAAGAAAAGUAAUUCAGACAGCGGCGAUCACACGGACUUGCCGCAAGAUCUGAGUCAACAUUCCGAGAAUGGUAAUGAGAACGAGUUUGAGAUGUUUGGGAAGUUAAUUGCGAGCCAGUUGCGGAAACUGCCUCUGAGCUUGGCACUGGACACGCAGUUAAAAAUACAGACGUUAGUAAAUGCGGCAAGGAUACAAGCUGUUUAUCAGCAGUACAGUUAUGCGGGCCCGUCACAGGAGGCCUUGUCGGUACAGGCUUUGUCAAACGGGAUUCUGGCGGGCAUGGCGACUCAAAGCUCUUUCACAUCGCGAGCUCUGAGCUUGGAAAAUGACUCUCCUGAUGAAAUGAACAGGGACUUAAAGACUAUUGAAUAUUCUUUAGGUUCCGAAGCCGAAGAUUAAGAUUCCAGGGGCCGUUUGAAACCUGUUUUUGCUCAGACAACCUAUAAGUACCUCAUAAUUCUCUGUUGAGAUAAAUUUGAGAAUUUUGCUCAUUAUAUACCUUUGUAAAGCGUACGACGCACAAUGGAGUCACCUUGAUCCUGAUCUGGUGAUUCAGGUUAAAUAAUAAUUGUCAUAUUUAUAUGUAUGUGUUUUAGAUGGGAUAUUGAUGUGGUCGAUUUACUUGUAGUAAAAAAAUACGAAAAUUUUAUAAAUGGGGAAAAAUCUAAAGUAGUAUUUUUCAAAAACUAGUCAUUGGUAUUUCGGUGUAAUGUAGAUCUCGAUGUUUCGGCUGUGUUAUUUUAUUUUUAUAACAAAAAAAAAAUGUUACCAUAGUUUAGUAUUCACUUUUUUGAGUUAAUAGCAAGCAACUCUCGAAUUGAUAAAGUUGCCAACAAUACGAAUUUAUUUUAAUUGUGAUAGGUUUACAAAAAAAAGUAGAUAUCUGUGUUAUAAAUGUGAUUAAUAUAGAUAACUUGGGGUUCCUCGUCCACUGCAAGAAUUACCCGGGCAAUUUCAGAGACAUAGAGAAAGGUUAACCAUCUCUUGGUACGCAGUUAUUGUCCAAAUUACCUGGGUUAUUCAGGUACUGGUGAUGAAUACAUCCCUAGAAUAAUUGCAGUAAGCAUUUCAUGAUAAUAUGAAAUUGAAUACCUCAAAUAGUGUCAGUACAUGUUAGUACGAAUCAUAAUUUGGAAUAUUAUAUAUUAUCUGUUGUUCUAUGUGCCACAAUUAGAUUGUAUACAGAUUGUGAUUUAUUGAGAAAUAAAUAUUUUAUAAAUGUCAUAAUA